CCUAGUGCUGUUUUUAAUUUUAUCGUUUGUGCUUAGCUUCGUUCCGAUAAUUGCCUAUUUGGAAUUCGAAUAAAUCUUAUGCCUGGUCCUUUGGACGUUUCCGGAAUUGUUUCUGUUCUGCAGAGCAAGUCUUCUGCGUUUGAGGACGUGAUGAAGGCAUUGGAUAAGCUACAAUCCGUUGCUGAGCAUCCCGAGAGCUUUAUCCUAAAGGCUUCCGACGUCACGGAUUUGCGAUCGUCAUUCAUUUCUCUCGCCAACGAUAAUCGCUCGAAAAUCGUGGUGAAAACCUGUAAAAUUAUUCAGCUUUUCUCCGAAAACUUAAAGAACUCCUUUGACAGAAUCGCUUCCAAUAUAUUUCCUACAUAUCUAGAAAAAGUAUCUUCGGGAAUCACCGUGAUUAGUUCGAGCAUUGCUCAGACCUGCCUUUCGAUGACAAAAAAUAUAGUAAUGAAAACAAAUAUAACCGUAUUGAUUUUUCUAUCCCCCUCUUUUCUCAGUGAGAAGGUAGCUGAUACGAGCAUUCAGUGUCUGGAAUACAUUCUCAAGUACUGGCCGUCCAACGUGGUGGACAGUUUCCAAACGAUCAUCUCUCUCGCGAUUGUGAAAGCUGUGUCCAGCUACAGCGAAAGAGUGAGAGUCAAGGCGCGCUCGAUCGUAUUGCUCUGUGACAAGGACUAUCCUGGGCUCGCUUCCAUAAUCAACAGCAAACUGCCGGCCUCCAGGAAGAAGGGCAGCGAGCGAGGGACAUUACGCUCUCAGCCUUCGGUUUCGCCCAGACAGGCGCCGUCGCCCUUGAAAACGCUGAAGCCACGCUCUUCCGCGUCCGUGUCGCGCAGCCUCUCUUCCUUUAAGCAGAACGAUCGGCUUUUCACAGCAAUAUCAUCCGCUACGGCACCAUCAAAUACAUCGGCUUGUUUCUCUUGCCUUUCUUCACCAUCAGGCUAUCCGGACAAAGCUAAUCAAAAUCUAUUCGUCGGCCUCCUCCUCGAUCAGCGCAUCGACUCCAAAUUCGACGGCGUGUUCCUUGACCGGAAGCUCUUCGAUUGUUCGCCUGGCUACGGCCUGCUAACCGUCGCUUCCUCCAUCUUCCCGAUCGACGAUUUGCAAGCGAACGGCAGCUUGCGAAGGAAUGGCAGUUUGCAGAAGAUCCCCACGCCGCUUCCUCGGCGAUCCGCUCUAGUGACUCGCUCCCCGUCGUCUCCGAGCCAGCCGUCCGCCCAUCGGACAUUAUCGCUGCACUCGACCCAGUCGGGACAAUCGUCGGUUCUAUCGACUCAGCCAGCCCAGUCGGGCCGGGCGAGCCAGCCGAAGCAGCCGAGCCAGCCGUCGAGCCAGCCGAAGCAACCGAAGCAACCGAGGCAACCGAGCCUGGCGGAGGGAUUUCUCUCGGUGGACGACUGCAUCACGCAGCACAAGCUGCUUCUGUUCAAUGCGAUAAAGAGCCUGCAGGCCGAGCUGCGGCUGCUGGUGGAGUUUGAGGAGGUGAAGGAAGAUCAUGAUGCAGUGAAGGCGUAUAAGCGAGAUGUGAUGGAGAUACGGACGCAGUGCGGGAAGGAGAAUAGUGGAUUUAUGUCAAAGCUAGCUCGACUUGAAGUGUGGAUUGUUUGUUGA